GGACAGAGGGGGUGAGCAGCCAGUGAUCCACCGGCAUCAUGGCUUCCACAUUGGAUAUGAAGUGUUUUUAGCACACCCUAGAAGAAAAUAGCCAUUCAUUGUUGAAAAUCUGAGCCCAUUCUAGUCUCAUAUUGGGACUGAGGGUCCGUGCCGCCCUCUUCUCUCCCUCGACCGCCUCUAGAAGGAGGAUCUUCAGUGUUUUUAUUGUGAGUUUUCAUCCAUAAAUCGUGGAAGAUGGCCGACGUACCGGCGGAGUGCACCAUCAAAGUGAUGUGCCGUUUCAGGCCCUUGAAUAGUUCAGAAGUGACCAGAGGGGACAAAUACAUACCUAAGUUUCAAGGGGAAGACCAUGUGGUCGUCGGGAGCAAACCGUUCCAGUUUGACAGAGUGUUCCAGCCCAAUACGACACAGGAGCAAGUAUACAACGCCUGCGCCCAGAAGAUCGUCAAAGAUGUUCUGGAGGGGUACAACGGGACAAUAUUUGCAUAUGGACAGACGUCAUCCGGCAAAACCCACACGAUGGAGGGAAACCUUCAUGACACAGAUGGGAUGGGGAUCAUCCCCAGGAUAGUACAGGACAUCUUUAACUACAUCUACUCUAUGGACGAGAACCUGGAGUUCCACAUCAAGGUUUCAUAUUAUGAAAUUUACUUGGACAAGAUUCGGGACCUCUUGGAUAUGUCAAAGACCAACCUGUCAGUGCAUGAAGACAAAAACAGAGUUCCCUAUGUCAAGGGAUGCACUGAGAGAUUUGUCUGCAGCCCAGAGGAAGUCAUGGACACCAUUGAUGAAGGCAAAUCUAACAGACAUGUAGCAGUUACAAACAUGAAUGAGCACAGCUCCAGAAGUCACAGUAUCUUCCAGAUCAACGUGAAGCAGGAGAACACUGCUACAGAGCAGAAACUGAGCGGAAAGCUCUACCUCGUCGACCUGGCUGGAAGUGAAAAGGUCAGUAAGACUGGGGCGGAGGGAGCCGUGCUGGACGAGGCCAAGAACAUCAAUAAGUCUCUAUCUUCUCUGGGCAACGUCAUCUCAGCCCUGGCAGAAGGCUCUGGUUAUAUCCCGUACAGAGACAGUAAAAUGACCAGAAUCCUUCAGGACUCUCUGGGGGGGAACUGUAGAACCACCAUUGUUAUCUGUGCCUCUCCCUCUGCCUACAACGAGUCAGAGACCAAGUCCACCCUCAUGUUUGGACAGAGAGCGAAGACCAUUAAGAACACCGUGUGUGUGAACGUGGAGCUGACGGCAGAACAGUGGAAGAAGAAGUACGAGAGGGAGAAGGAGAAGGGCAAGGCCCUGAGGAACACCAUCACCUGGCUGGAGAAUGAGCUCAACCGCUGGAGGAACGGUGAGAGUGUGCCUGUGGACGAGCAGUUUGACAAGGAGAAGGCCCAGGCUGAGGUGCUGGCCCUGGACAAUGUGCCCAACGACAAGCCUGCCUCUACCCCCAACAUGCCCCAGCUCCGUCUGACCGACGCAGAGAAGGACAAGUGUGAGGGGGAGCUGGCCAAGCUUUACAAGCAGCUGGAUGAUAAGGAUGAUGAGAUAAACCAGCAGAGCCAGCUGGCUGAGAAGCUCAAGCAGCAGAUGUUGGACCAGGAGGAGCUGCUGGUGUCAUCGCGACGCGACCAUGACAACCUGCAGUCAGAGCUGAAUCGCCUGCAGGCUGAGAACGAGGCUUCCAAGGAUGAGGUGAAGGAGGUGCUGCAGGCCCUGGAGGAGCUGGCUGUUAACUACGACCAGAAGAGUCAGGAGGUGGAGCAGAAGACCACGGACUUUGAGAUGCUCAGCGAAGAGCUCAACCAGAAAUCAAACGUCCUGACGUCCAUUGACUCUGAGCUGCAGAAAGUGAAGGAGAUGACCAACCACCAGAAGAAGAGGACCAGUGAGAUGAUGUCAUCACUACUCAAAGACCUGGCAGAGAUUGGCAUCGCCGUGGGCAGCAACGACAUCAAGCAACACGAGGGCAGUGGUCUGAUAGACGAGGAGUUCACGGUGGCUCGUCUGUACAUCAGUAAGAUGAAGUCGGAGGUGAAGACCAUGGUGAAACGCUGUAGACAGCUGGAGAGCACCCAGUCAGAGAGCAACCAGAAGAUGGACGAGAACGACCAGGAGCUGGCCGCCUGUCAGCUGAGGAUACAACAGCACGAGGCUAAGAUCAAGUCUCUGACAGAGUACCUUCAGAACGUGGAGCAGAAGAAGAGACAGCUGGAGGAGAACGUUGACUCUCUGAACGAGGAACUGGUCAAGAUCAGUGCCCAGGAGAAAGUCACAGCCAUGGAGAAGGAGAACGAGAUCCAAUCUGCUAAUGAGGUCAAGGAGGCUGUGGAGCAGCAGAUCGCUGGUCACCGUGAGGCCCAUCAGAAACAGAUCAGCAGCCUGAGAGAUGAACUGGACAGGAAGGAACACCUCAUGACUGAACUGCAGGAUCUGAACCAGAAGAUCAUGCUGGAACAGGAGCGCCUCAGGGUGGAACACGACAAACUCAAGUCCACUGACCAGGAGAAGAGCCGGAAGCUGCACGAGCUCACGGUGAUGCAGGACAGGAGAGAGCAGGCCAGACAGGACCUGAAGGGACUGGAGGAGACUGUGGCCAAGGAGCUCCAGACCCUGCACAACCUGAGGAAGCUGUUUGUCCAGGACCUGGCUACCCGAGUGAAGAAGAGUGCUGAGAUGGACUCUGAUGACACAGGAGGCAGCGCAGCUCAGAAACAGAAGAUCUCCUUUCUGGAGAACAACCUGGAGCAACUUACCAAGGUUCACAAACAGCUGGUGCGUGAUAAUGCAGACCUGCGCUGUGAGCUUCCUAAACUGGAGAAGCGUCUGCGUGCUACGGCUGAGCGGGUCAAAGCCCUGGAGUCGGCGCUGAAGGAGGCCAAAGAGAACGCCGCACGCGACCGCAAACGCUAUCAGCAGGAGGUGGACCGCAUCAAAGAGGCCGUCAGGGCCAAGAACAUGGCCAGGAGGGGCCACUCCGCUCAGAUCGCCAAACCCAUUCGUCCUGGCCAGCCCCCAGUGGCAUCCCCCACCCACCCCAACGUGACCCGCAUCGCAGGGGGUUUCUAUCAGAACAGCCAGACCGUGGCCAUCAGGGGAGGAGGAGGCGUCAAGCCAGACCAGAACAGCUGAGGACAGGAUGGGGCGUGAUCACAGAAGAAGCAGAAGGAUAUCACCCUGACAACCUGUCAUCCCAUUACAGCCAUUGGCUCCUUGCAGGGUAUAUAUUAGAGUGAGGGAGGAGUUUUAAUAUAAAUAUAUAAAUAUUCAUUGCCUGUACAGAUCCACCUACCCUCAUGUUUCUUCUCUCUGAAACAAACAUGAACUACAGAAAUGAAUUGAAUAUACAAAACAACACGACAUCCACCAACCACAGAGUCUUGGUGUUAUGAACGACAUGUGACUUGAAUGUGUAGCUUUGUUUCGUUGCACAGUUUGUUGUCAUCUGUGUCUUAAGGUUUAGUCUGCACUGUGCCAAGUUGAAUGUACUGUAACCAGGAUUUCAGAAGAGGUGAGAGGAAAACAUGAAAAGCGACUGGGGGGGGGGGAAAGAAAGAAAAAGAUGAUUGAUAACACAGAUGUUAUUUCACUAAUCUCUUGUACAACACAUUUCCUUAUUGUCCUCCUGGUUGUACAACACUUCUUUCUCUGAAUAGAUUUUACAAGCUUGUUAAAAGGUCUGAACCGAAUAGAUGGCCAUCGAGCACUACUGUCCUGUCGUACAGGUGUGACAUGGCACUGCUUCCUUACGAGGUGUUUGUAUUUGAAAUGCCAAGAGGUGGGACUACAGUGUGGAUCUAUUUCAUGACAGAAAACCUGUGGCGGCCAUUGUUUUUUAGAGUAAGGAAAAUAAAGCGACAUGCGGGUGAGGUGGCUACAUUAAACGUAUGAAGGAAAGAGGAGUCCGAUCAGGAGCGCGCUGUCAUGUCUGCUUCCCAAACGACACCCUUUCCCUUAUAUAGUGCACUUCUUUUCAACAGGACCAAUAGGGCUCUGGUCAAAAGUAGUGCACUAUAUAAGGAAUAUGGUUAUAUUUGGGACACUACCAAUACCUUAUCACAGCCUAUUUAGUCAAUUUUAAUGUGCUGUUUUUAUCGGUUUUAAAUGCCGGGUUGUUAUUUAUCUAUCUGCACAUAGGAGCACAUGCAUAGACUACUGGUCCACUGAGAUAGAUGGCACACACAUGCUUGUCCUGUCCUAGCUAGGUCUUCUGAUCCAUUCAUCACCUUUGCCCUGACCUCCUCUCUAAACAAACCAAGGAUAUUGGCUGGUUGCUGUUUUUCAUUUUCUGUUUCUAGUAUCUUAUUGUUAUCAAGGGGCUCCCAUGUGGUGCCCUCCCUGUCAUGUGAAGUGGAUUAAACAAAGUUAAUCAACUAUGCUAUUGGAUACUGCUAUAUUUUAUCCAUCUAUCUAUUUUGUUUGAAACAAUACUUUUCCCAGAGCCUUAUAUUGAGAAUGAGACUUUUCCAAAAAUAUAUAUUUUUAAAUGAUCUGUAUCUCUAAUGCUACCAGUUACUACCCAUAGAGUCAGCUCUAUGGCUAACAGUUACUACCCAUAGAGUCAGCUCUAUGGCUAACAGUUACUACCCAUAGAGUCAACUCUAAUUCUAACAGUUACUACCCAUGGAGUCAGCUCUAAGGCUAACAGUUACUACCCAUAGAGUCAGCUCUAAUUCUAACAGUUACUACCCAUAGAGUCAACUCUAAUUCUAACAGUUACUACCCAUAGAGUCAGCUCUAUGGCUAACAGUUACUACCCAUAGAGUCAGCUCUAAUUCUAACAGUUACUACCCAUAGAGUCAGCUCUAAGGCUAACAGUUACUACCCAUGGAGUCAGCUCUAAGGCUAACAGUUACUACCCAUAGAGUCAGCUCUAUGGCUAACAGUUACUACCCAUAGAGUCAGCUCUAAUGCUAACAGUUACUACCCAUAGAGUCAGCUCAAAUGCUAACAGUUACUACCCAUAGCCAGCUCUAAUGCUAACAGUUACUACCCAUAGAGUCAGCUCUAAUGCUAACAGUUACUACCCAUAGAGUCAGCUCUAAUGCUAACAGUUACUACCCAUAGAGUCAGCUCUAUGGCUAACAGUUACUACCCAUGGAGUCAGCUCUAAUUCUAACAGUUACUACCCAUAGAGUCAGCUCUAAUGCUAACAGUUACUACCCAUGGAGUCAGCUCUAAGGCUAACAGUUACUACCCAUAGAGUCAGCUCUAUGGCUAACAGUUACUACCCAUAGUGUCAGCUCUAAUGCUAACAGUUACUACCCAUGGAGUCAGCUCUAAGGCUAACAGUUACUACCCAUAGAGUCAGCUCUAUGGCUAACAGUUACUACCCAUUGAGUCAGCUCUAAUGCUAACAGUUACUACCCAUAGAGUCAGCUCUAAUGCUAACAGUUACUACCCAUAGAGUCAGCUCUAAUGCUAACAGUUACUACCCAUAGAGUCAGCUCUACGGCUAACAGUUACUACCCAUAGAGUCAGCUCUAAUGCUAACAGUUACUACCCAUAGAGUCAGCUCUAAUGCUAACAGUUACUACCCAUAGAGUCAGCUCUAAUGCUAACAGUUACUACCCAUAGAGUCAGCUCUAAUGCUAACAGUUACUACCCAUUGAGUCAGCUCUACGGCUAACAGUUACUACCCAUAGAGUCAGCUCUAAUGCUAACAGUUACUUACUACUUAUCGGUAGAUUUCUGUGGAUUGCUGUACUGUAUCUGUCUGUAAAUUGGAUCUGGAUUGGUUGGUUGGGAUGGCAGUGUUUGAUUGGCCCACCUUUGCCACUGAUCAGCCAGUCAGAUGAGCGGGGCCUUGGGUUAGGAAGGAGAGAAUAGGGUAUCCAGUUUUAUAUUUCCCCCACUGAUGGUAAAGGUUAGGAUUCGGGGAAGGGAAGCUGAUCCUAGAUCUGUACCUAGGGAAAACGAGCAGGUGGGGAACAUAGUUUGGUUUAGUCUGCUGGUAAACUAAGGCUUUGUGUGAAAUACCAGCCUAUUCCCUAUUAGUGAUUAAUUCCCUAUUCCCAUUCCUUUCAUACUCAGCCUAUCCUAAAGAAUAUGGAUUAUUCAUCAAAUAUCUAGUCAGGAGCCAAGGACUAUACAGAUAGAUUUGACACUUCUUCUCUUGCAUUUUUUUUAAAUGUCUUCCCGAAUCCCCUUAUAUAUGAGAGUCAAAUGUUUUCUCUUGAUUUUAUGUCCUGGUGUAAAUUCUGAAACAUUUGCAAAAACAUUGCUGUGAUUGUAGCUCAGCAUGAAUCAAACCAGCGACAUCUUGUGAGUCCAAUAUGAUUAUACUGUAUAUCAACAAUAUAUUGUUAGGCGUGACCAGGGUUUAAUCUUUUUAAUAGUCUUUAGCCAUGACAAGGUGAUGUUUUUUAUGAAAUGAACUUUUGUUGUCUUGGGAGGAUUAUACACACAAAUUGAUAGCACUUCAGAACUCUUCUCCACAUACACCUUUAAUGUAAACCUGACAUUAGGUUCCCUUUUAAAACACUUCAUACCUGUGGGAACUUAUGAGGGGGAAGUGUAAAGCAUUUUCAGAAGUCUGAUAAAUGUAACUUAAAUGUAUGCAACUUUGUUUACGUGAUUGGCAUAGUGGUCUAUUUGCUGUUAUUAGAGGCUAGUUUGGGAGAGGCUAGUUUGGGAGAGGUAGGUAGGCUAUACCUAUGACAGGACAAUGCUUUCCGUCUAUCACGUUUUCCUCUUUCUAACUUUUACAACAGUAAACACUUUGCAACGUGGUCUUCGAAGUGCUUCGUACCUUAUCCUUACCUGCCCAGGGUUCUACUGAUAUGGAUUUAAUGGAUAUUAAAUAGAAAAGUCUAGAACCAGAAGCACAGUAAACAGCCAUUUGUCCAUGGUAAUUACCAACCAAAUUAAUUUGUUUGCAUUGAUUCUAAAGAAAAGCGUAGCCACUUUUAUUACUGUGUAAUAGUUACUCAACCAUUUCUAAUUUACAGAUAAGGACAAAGGUACUGGAUCAUUCCUAGGGUUCUGUCCCAAAUCGCAUCCUAUUUCCUAUGUAGGGCACUACUUUGUACAUAGGGAAUAGGGUUCCAUUUCGGACGGAACCAUAGAGAACUGGGCCACAAUCGCAGCGCUCUGAUUGGAGGAGGAGGGGAGGUUAAAGGUUAAUGAUGAUGUCACCUUUUUGGAUUGACUGCAUGUAUGUGUGAUUAAAUCAUUAUGAGAAAAACA